GGGAGUUGGAGAUUCUCACCUUAUACCCCGAGGCCUGGAAAACUUUGGGGUCAAUAUAGGGCCUAGCUAUGUAUGUCUCCUCCUGCCAUUUUACUCUCACCUCAGGGCCUCAACUUUUCCCCAAACUUCAGGGCCUCAACUUUCUCCCAAACCAGACCCCACUCGCUUGCCAUUUUUGAGGAGAAAUGUGUUCUUUUUGGGGAAGUUCCCCUUAGGGAAGAGGGCAGGAAGGCUUGGGGAAAGAAUUAAAACUUUACGUAUCUAAAAAUUUCAAGACUCCUUGAAGGCCUAGCUGCUGCUGAGGGGAAUUGUGGGGAAGGGGGAGGAGGGUCCCAAAUCAGCUGAGGAGAAAGGAUAGAAACCCACUCUUCUUGGAAAGAAUAAAAUAAUAAUAAUAAUAAUAGUAAUCUUUAUUUUUCUAAACCUGCAUGGGGCUGUACAAAGGCCUUGCCCUAAUUCUUUGAGCACAAUCCCGGCCUCUUCCCACAACUGUCAGGUUGGAUCAAUUUAAGGCCCUAAGGGAACUCCUCGGAGCUCUUCCAGUCUAACCCCCUCACACUGUACCAAGAAAGGGUCUUCAGUCUCAGUCAGAAAGUACUUGAGAGCAGAGGAAAAAAAAAAAAAAAAAAAAAGGAUUCAUCAGAGACUGCAUCUAAAAUGAGUUUAGACUCCUUAUUCCAGCACAUCAUAUUUACUGAACAUCAGGCAGAAGAGAGUCGUCGUUUGAGGCAUGAAGUGCGAGUGGAAAUAAGCAGGUGUCGGGAAAAAAUUCAUAAAGUAACAGAAGAAUUGAAAGAAGAGAAAAUGAAAUCAGAAUCUAAGUCUCAUCAGUUUUCUGAAAAAGCCUUCCUCCUCGAGCUUUUGAAGACACAUGAAAAUGGCUUAGAAAAACAGUAUGCAGAAAUUAAAAAUGAAAGGAGUAUACUUCUCCAAACCUUUGAGACUAUGAAGAAAAAAAUAAAAGAAGAGGAGGAAAGAUUUACUAAGGAGAUUACAAACUUCAAUAACGAAUAUGGAUUAAUAAAUAAGAGAGAACUUUUGAUUAGAGAAAAAGCCAAGAUUGAAAUAUCUGAUUUAGAGAAACAAGAAAAUAUUUUAAAAGACGAAAUGAAGUCAAUGGAACAUAAGAGUAUUCAAUUAAAUGAACUUCAGCUACAAAAGAAUGAAUUGAUGCAGGAAUUAUUUAUUCUUCAGAAAAAAGUUAAAGUUAUUGAAAAUAACGUAAAUGAAGCUAUAUGUACCACCAAAUUUUUAGAAGAAGAAAAGUUCAGAAUCAGCAACAAGCCUCAGAAUGACCCUGAAUGUAUAAGACUUAAAAAGGAAUUGGAACUUUAUAAGGAAGAAGACAUGGAAAGUGUUUAUGAAGCUCUCCGAUCAGAAAUAGAGUUUUUGGAAUUGACAUUGUCACAGAAAAGUCUUCAAGCAAAACAAUAAAUUUAUGGAAAAUUGAUCCACCUAACACUAAAUUAAAUAUUUUAAUACUAAUAUGGAUUAUAUCCAUCACAGCAGAUUAUUGUUGAAAAGCAUUGAUACCAAGAAUUGUAUUCUUGACAAUUUAAAACAAUAAGCAUUUAAUUAUAGUUGUGAAAUGUAUCAAUGAUAUACAUUAGGGAUUUGGGGUUGUCCUCAGGCCUGUGCUUUCUAGCUGUUGAUCUAUCAUUUCUAUGCUUUCUAUAGUAUCUAUAAAUCUAUGCUUUCUAUUCCUUACCACAAUUGAUCUUGGAAUUCAUCAGAAAUAUGCAUUGUAAAAAUGCCUUGGUUAUUGACCCCAUUUUACCAUUCCAUUUUCCUACAAGAUGCCUACUUUCAUUUCAAUCUCCUUCUAAUAAAGAUAUCUACUGAGAGAGUA